UUCCUUUCAUUUCCUUAAGUAUAGAGAUCAAGAUCAAGGACAAUGGCGGAAAAAUCCAUAAUCAAUCUUUUUUGUGUGUUUGUCCUUCUCUUGAAUCUCUCUUCAUAUUGUUUUGCUGUUGGAACGGAUGAUUCAGUUUAUGCAUCUUUUCUUCAAUGUUUACAGAACAAUACAACCCCGAAAGACCAAAUCUCAUCCAUUGUCUUCACCAAGACAAGCGCAUCGUACUCUUCUGUUCUUCGUGCAUACAUCAGAAAUGCACGAAUGAACACAACUGCAACUCCGAAGCCAACGAUUAUCGUGACUCCGAAACAGAUUUCCCACGUUCAAGCCGCGGUUAUCUGCGCGAAAAAAGUUGGUUACCAGCUUAAAAUACGCAGCGGUGGCCAUGAUUAUGAAGGGGUUUCAUACGUUUCUCAAAACCCUUUCUUUGUUCUUGAUAUGUUCAAUCUUCGUUCCGUUCAAGUCGACAUGAAAACCGAGUCUGCCUGGAUCCAAUCCGGCGCUACACUCGGCGAGGUUUAUCAUGAAAUAUGGAAAAACAGUAAAUUGCAUGGUUUUCCGGCCGGGGUUUGCCCUACAGUAGGCGUCGGUGGGCAUUUUAGCGGCGGCGGGUAUGGAAAUAUGAUCCGGAAAUACGGGUUGGCUGUUGAUAACACUAUUGAUGCUCAAAUUGUUGAUGUUAAUGGAAAGCUUUUGGACAGAAAAGCAAUGGGUGAGGAUUUAUUCUGGGCCAUCAAUGGCGGCGGUGGCGGCAGUUUCGGCGUCGUUAUAUCAUACAAGAUUAAACUUGUUCCUGUUCCUGAAACGGUUACUGUUUUCAGAACAGAAUAUUACAUUGAAGACAAUGCAACUGAAAUAACUGCUAAAUGGCAGUUAGUUGCUCCGAAAAUCGAUAGCAGUCUUUUUAUGAGGAUGUUAUUGCAGCCAGUAACAAAAAAUAAUAAGCCUACCGUCAGAAUUUCUAUUCUGAGUUUAUAUUUAGGCAAUUCUGAUAUUCUCGUGAGUCUAUUAGGAAAACAAUUUCCUGAAAUGGGAUUAAAGAAGGAAAAUUGUACAGAAAUGAAUUGGAUUGAGUCUGUACUUUGGUGGGCUAAUUUCGAUAACGGAACAUCACCCGAUGUUUUGCUCGACAGGAAAGUCGAUACCGCCAAUUUCUUGAAAAGAAAAUCAGACUACGUCCAAAAACCAAUUAAUCAAAACGGAAUAUCUUUAAUAUUCAAGCAAAUGAUGGCACUGGGAAAAAUCGGAUUAGUUUUCAACGCGUACGGGGGAAAAAUGGACGAAAUUCCAUCAACCGCGGUUCCAUUCCCUCACCGUGCUGGAAAUCUAUUCAAGGUUCAGUAUUCCAUCAACUGGAACGAGCCCGGAGCUGAUAUGGAGACCAAUUAUUUAUCUCAGGCGAGGAAACUAUACAGUUUCAUGACUCCAUAUGUGUCCCAAAAUCCGCGAAGUGCAUUCUUGAAUUACAGGGAUCUUGAUAUUGGUGUUGCCGACGCUAAACAUAGCUAUGAACAGAGUAAUAUUUAUGGUCGGAAGUAUUUUGAUGCAAAUUUUGAUAGAUUGGUGAAGGUGAAAAGUGUUGUUGAUCCUGAGAAUUUCUUCAGGAAUGAACAGAGUAUUCCUGUUGUUUUGAGUAAGGCUUAGAAAGAUCAUGAUUAUGUUGGUUUAUUACUAUUUUUGUUGAUGUAUUAUCAUUAACUUAUAAAUAUGAUUUUGUUGGUUUAUUA